AUGAAGCUCGCCCUCUUGACGGCUAUCGUGCUCUUCACUACGGGCGCCAUAUCCCGGCCAAAUGUUCCCCGCGCUUCUCUCGUAGCGCGUCAAAGCAGCCCGGCGACCGCAGCAGGCCCGUUCCCUUCCGCUGGGGCGAUAUGUGCCAGCCAGUGCUCGUCUUCCAGCGACCAAGCGCUUUUGGCGCAGCUCUCGACGGUGGCAUGCGAUGCAUCCCCUUCCUGUAUCUGCGGGACGCUUGAAGCAUUCUCGUUGCCCUGUGUUACGUGUUUGCUGGGAGCGGAAGGGGCGACCAUAACCAACCUUGAAGGCGUGUGCGGAUCCUUGAACUUGGGCACCACCACCACCACUAUCGCGUCUGCUACGCCUUCUCAAGCUCAAUCGUCUUCCACCACGAGUGUGACUCCUACCUCAUCGCCCACGUCUAGCCCAACGGGUGCUCGCGGCAUCUUUACCUCGAGCAGCAGCAACACACCGGACUCGUCGGGUACAGCGUCAGGGUACAGCACCAGCGUCAGCACCACCAUCAGCACCAGUACGCCUAGCGGCAGCGCAGGGAAUGGCGAGAGCAGCACCUUCAGCACGGACAGUAGCAGUAGCAGCAUCGCCAACGCGCCAACGAACAGCUCUCCUGCUGCAGGGCGGUCGGCUGCAGGUCCUACCGUCGAUAUCAAGGUGGCUAUGGUUGUCCUUACCGCUCUGGUGGCAGGAGUCGUGCUUCUUAUGUGA